CGUCAUUUUCAGCGACUUUGUCGUCUUGAAGAACAGUUAGCUUCGAUCCAGUACUUCAGAGAUUUAGUAAAUGAAAACUUUGCUUCGAUCUCUUCGACUGACGAUACUUCACAGCAGCAACAGCAGCCUCUUUCAGGCUCUAUGGCACAAAAUAGCGAAGCUGAGAGGUCAAUGGAAGACGCUUCUGUGACGUCUGGGGGUGAUCCUAUUCCAUGCGACACACAAAAUCAUUUAAGGCUACAAAAGCUUGGAUGCAAUCCCUUAAAACCGAAGAAUCCACUUAAGAGGACAUCUUUCUCCGCGUUCCUUUACGAAAAAGCCCCUAUUCAUGAUUUAACCCAACCUGAAAGCUCUUUCCAGUAA